AUGAGAACCUUCACAAACCGCUCCCCAAAGCCGUUGUGCAGGCCACCCGUCCUCAGUGCCAAUGUGCAUGCAGAUGAGGACGCGCUAUUCAGCGCCGCCACAAAUAACGACCUCGGCCGGCUCAAGGGCAUAGUGGAGACUCUCGGCGAAAGAAAUGGCGACCGAGCAUCAGUUCUUUCUCUUAGGAUGCAUGGCUAUGGGGUGCUCCACUGUGCAGCAUCCUAUGGCCAUCUAGAGGUCUACAAGUACUUGAUGGAGGAACUUGGGGGUGAUGCAAAUAUGACUGGAGCUGAUGGUGUGACGGUAUUGAUGGCCUCUGCUCAGCCUGAUGAUCUUUCUACUGUGAAGUAUUUUCUUGAUCAUGGUGGUGAUCUGAUGAAAGCAGAGGAAAAAGGAGGGACAGUUCUACACCACGCUUUGAAGCUCAAAGGUAACUGA